AUGUACGCCAACGGCCAGAUCAACACCAUGCGGAGCGGUCACACCUGGAUCGUGGGAUGUCGCCUGGACGAGGAGGAUGAUAGCGAUACAAGCUGCAAAAGGCUCCCGCUGGUGCUGCCUGGGCUCCAUGACCUGUCAGUGGAGAGGAGGCUGCAGUGUCCCAGGCUGAUAAGUGGAAGGAACAGUGGUUUUUCAGAUGAGAAAAGAUCCCUGGACACUGCUGCUCUCCCACAGUCCCGCAUGCUCGCAAAGCUGUUCCCAGGGUGGUCCUUGGACAACUCACAGUGA